AUGGCUGAAAGCAGCCGAGGCGGCCCAAUGUGCAGCGGGGUGUCCUGCAGGCAGGAGCCGGUUCCCAGUAGCAGUGGCUGCAACUUUCCAGAGUACGAGCUUCCCGAGAUAAACACUCGCGCCUUCCACGUGGGUGCCUUCGGGGAGCUGUGGCGUAGCCGACUGCGAGGGGCCCACGACUUGUCGCUGAAGGAUCCUCCGGCGUCCUUGCUCCGUGAGGGUUCCGACUCCGCCCGGGAGGAUGCAGCGGUGGCCCUGGAUCUGGGCUGCAGCCUGGAAGCGGCGGCCGAGCUGAGGACAGUAUGCGGCCUUGAUAAACUGAAGUGCCUUGAGGAAGGUGAGGAUCCAGAAGUCAUCCCAGAGAACGUUGACCUGGUGUCUUUGGGGCUUAGAAAGAGGCUCAUGGAACAUAGGGAAGAAACCAUAACAAUAGAUCGGGUGUGCAGACAAGAAACAUUUGCUUAUGAGAUGGAGUCACAUGCUAUAGGAAAGAGGCCUGAAAACCCAGCAGACCUGGUUGAAGAGGGGGAGCUUAUCCUAUCUCUGAAUAUCUUAUACCCUGUUAUAUUUCAGAAGCACAAAGAACACAAACCAUACCAGACCAUGUUGGUAUUGGGCAGCCAAAAGCUCACAGAACUGAGAGAUUCAAUUUGCUGUGUCAGUGACCUCCAGAUUGGUGGGGAAUUCAGCAACAAUCCUGACCAAGCCCCUGAGCACAUCAGCAAAGAUCUGUACAAAUCAGCCUUCUUUUAUUUUGAAGGAACAUUUUACAAUGAUGAAAGAUACCCUGAAUGCAGAGAUCUGAGCAGAACUAUCAUUGAGUGGUCAAAGUCCCAUGAUCGAGGCUAUGGAAAGUUUCAGACUGCUAACAUGAAAGAUUUCACCUUCAAUGACUUGUAUAUCAAGCUGGGCUUUCCUUACUUAUACUGUCACCAGGGAGACUGUGAACAUGUUGUUGUCAUUACUGACAUAAGGUUUGUGCAUCAUGACGACUGCUUGGACAGGACUCUUUAUCCCCUUCUUAUCAAGAAGCACUGGCUGUGGACAAGAAAAUGUUUUGUUUGUAAAAUGUACACUGCCAGGUGGGUGACGAACAAUGACAGUUUUGCACCAGAGGAUCCAUGUUUCUUUUGUGAUGUUUGCUUCCGAAUGCUCCACUAUGAUUCAGAAGGCAACAAACUUGGGGAAUUCCUUGCUUAUCCUUAUGUUGAUCCAGGAACUUUUAAUUAA